AUGCUAAAUCAAAUCCUGGAGCCCGAAGCUGCAGAUCGUCUGGGACGGAUACGACUUGUGAAAGAGUCGCGCGCUGCAGAGGUGGAGGAUAGACUGAUUAUGCUUGCUCGGUCUGGUCAGCUGAGACAAAAAGUUACGGAGGAGCAGUUGAAGGAGUUGCUUAAUGCAGUUGCGGAGAAGAAGGAAGAGGAGAAGAUCGUGGUUAGCAGGAGAAAAGGCGGCUGGGACGAUGACGAUGACGAUUUAUUUGAUAUGUGA